CGGCUGCAACCAUGAGUCUAUUUAUAUCGCUAACCAGUCUAUUGGUGGCAACAUAUUUUGGAAUUUGCCAAGGAUCAACAGAAGACUUAAUUUAUGGCUAUGUGUGCCAACAAAGUAAAUGUGUGAAGGUUGAAUUAAGCGAAAAUAACUGGAAUACAGCAAUUAGCCUGCCGGUAUGUCGUAUGUUUUGUGGUGAUACAAUAGGCACAUUAUGGCCAAAACCCAGUGGAAAAGUUGAAGUAGAUCAUAUGCUAUUGCAUGUAAAUAUGGAAAGUAUUGACUUCCAAAUGCCUCCAAAUACCAAACAUUUCAAAUUGUGGGAAGCCAAUCGUGAACGCUUCAUGGGUUUACUCCACAAUAAGGUACCAAAUGCGGAUGUUUUCAAAAACGAAGGACAUCCUUUAAAGAUAUUUGUUGAAUUGGAGGGAAACGCUGCAGAUAAAGAAGAAGUACCUCGUCUGACUUUGGACACAGAUGAGAGUUACCGUUUGGAAAUUUCAACUUCCGAUGCCCAUGAGGUGCUUGCCAAGAUUACAGCACAAAACUAUUUUGGAGCUCGUCAUGGUCUUGAGACUCUGAGUCAAUUGAUUAUCUACGAUGAUAUCAGGCGUGAAUUGCAAAUUCUGGCAAAGGCUUCCAUUGAAGAUGAACCCUCGUUUAAAUGGCGUGGCUUACUCUUGGAUACCUCGCGAAACUUCUAUACAACCAAAGCCAUUAAAAGGACUUUGGAUGCAAUGGCUAUGGUCAAACUUAACACAUUCCAUUGGCACAUAACUGAUUCCCACAGUUUUCCAUUGGAGGUAAAAUCUCAACCGGCACUCUAUAAACUGGGAGCCUACUCCCCACGUAAGGUCUACACCCAUGAAGAAAUUGCCAAUAUUGUCGAAUAUGGUCGUGUUCGUGGCAUAAGAGUUAUGCCCGAAUUUGAUGCACCCGCCCAUGUGGGUGAGGGCUGGCAACACAAGAAUAUGACUGCUUGUUUCAAUGCUCAACCCUGGAAAGAUUAUUGUGUGGAACCGCCUUGUGGCCAAUUGGAUCCCACUGUGGAUGCCAUGUAUUCCGUUCUACAGGAUAUCUAUCGAGAAAUGUUUGAUCUGUUUAAUCCUGACGUAUUCCACAUGGGUGGUGAUGAGGUUUCUGUAAGUUGUUGGAACAGCAGCGAGCAAAUACGCAAUUGGAUGACUUCGAAACAAGGUUGGGGCUUACAGGAAAGUGAUUUUAUACGCCUAUGGGGCCAUUUUCAAACGGAAGCUUUAAAGCGAGUCGAUAAAGUUGCCAACAGUGGGGAAAAAGUUCCCAUAACUCUGUGGACAAGUCGCCUUACCGAUGUACCCUUUUUGGAUGAUUAUAUUGAUAAGGAACGCUAUAUCAUUCAAAUUUGGACCACUGGUAUGGAUCCCAAAGUAACGGAUAUAUUGAAACGAGGUUUCCGUAUUAUCGUCUCCAAUUAUGAUGCUCUCUACUUCGACUGUGGCGGUGCCGGCUGGGUAACAAAUGGUAAUAAUUGGUGUUCUCCCUAUAUAGGCUGGCAAAAAGUUUAUGAGAAUAGAAUGGAAACCAUUGCUGGCGAUUAUGUGCCACUUGUUUUGGGAGCAGAAGCAGCCAUCUGGUCUGAGCAAAUAGAUGAACAUUCUCUGGAUCAGCGUUUUUGGCCCCGUGCCAGUGCCAUGGCAGAGCGUCUGUGGUCUAAUCCAAAAGAGGGCUGGCGCCAAGCUGAAGCACGUCUCUUGGUGCACCGAGAACAUUUAGUGGAGAAUGGUAUUGCCGCUGAAGCCUUACAACCGGAAUGGUGUUUACAGAAUCAGAAUGAAUGCCCCAUUGAUGCCUAUACGAGUCAAAGGAUGUCAUAAAAAGGCGAUACUCCUCUCAUAUAUAUUUCUUGCUCGGGAUGCCAUUUGGAAUAGCAAUGAUAAUGUUUAUAUUAUAUACAGCGUACUCAGUGAACACGAAACUAGUUAAGGCCACCUCUGUAGCAUUAAACCACAUUUCGGUAAUUUAAAAAGACAAAAAUAAUAAAAAGGGAUUUAUUCAAAAUUUGCUGAUA